AUGCUAUAUUCGACCAAUUUUGAUGACAAAGAACUCAAAGAAAUGGAUUUUUUACAAAAGAAAUUUAUAAGGGGUAUUAAUACUUAUAAACCAAAACAAAUUGAUCAGCCAAGAGGUGUGUGUGUAAAUAAAAAAAAUGAAAUCAUUUCAAAGUUAUUACCAUUGAUGCCAAAAAGCAGGGAACAUUUUUGGAUUAAUUUACAAGUAUCCGUGACAUCUACUGAUCUAGUAGUAAACAUUGGUCUAACGGAUGCAUUUUUAGAUGAAUGUGUGAUAUAA